AUGGCUGAACCACCACCACCACCACCCUCAGCAUCGUCAACCUCUUACAACCCCCUCGCCGACUACGACCUCACCAGUCCCAUCUCCGCCCUGCCCAGCACCGGCCUGCGCCAGAGCCUCCCCGGCUAUGGCGACCCGCACUUCGCCUUGUUCCUCCGCAAGGCCUUCAUCAAGGCCCUCGGCCUGUCCGAGGACGCCCUGUCCCGGCCCAUCGUCGGCAUAACCAACACCUUUUCGUCCUUCAACCCGUGCCAUGCCAAUGUCCCGCAGCUCGUCGAGGCCGUCAAGAGAGGCAUCCACCUCGCCGGCGGCCUGGCCAUGGAGUUCCCGACCAUCAGCCUGCACGAGAGCUUUGCGGCGCCCACGAGCCUGUACCUGAGGAACCUGAUGAGUAUGGACACUGAGGAGAUGGUCAGGGGCCAACCCUGUGACGCCGUGGUGUUAAUUGGUGGCUGCGACAAGACGGUCCCGGCACAGCUCAUGGGCGGCAUAUCCGCCAACAAGCCAGCCAUCCACCUCGUCACGGGGCCCAUGAUGCCCGGAAGUCACAGGGGAGUCCGGGUCGGGGCAUGCACAGACUGCCGGAGCUACUGGGCCGCGUACCGUGCCGGCCAGAUCGACAUCGAGGAUAUCGCUGGGGUGAAUGAUGAGUUGGCGCCGACGGCCGGGACAUGUGGUGUCAUGGGCACGGCAAGCACCAUGGCGUGUCUCCUCGUGGCGCUCGGCAUGAUGCCGCUCAACGGGGCCACGGCGCCAGCCGUCUCGGCUGCCCGGCUCCGGAUCGCCGAAGAGACCGGCCGGCUGGCGGUGACUUCUCUGCUGGAAGCCCUCCGGCCGCAGUCCAUCCUGACCCGGGCCUCCUUCCUCAACGCCAUCACCGUCCUCCAGGCCACGGGCGGCUCGACAAACGCCAUUGUACACCUCAUGGCCGGCAUCAACCGGCACCCGACCCUCGCGGGCCCGCCCAUCACCCUCGACACCAUCGACGCCAUCGGCCGCACCACGCCGCUACUCGUCGACCUCAAGCCCAGCGGCGACAACUACAUGCUCGACCUGCACGCCUCGGGUGGCAUGCCGGCCCUGCUCCACGAGCUGCGCCCCUUGCUACACCUCGAAGCCAUGACCGUCACGGGCCGCACCCUGGGCGCCGAGCUGGACGCAAGCAUCCGCCGCUCCCCGCCCAUCCCGCGAGACCUCGUGGACGGCGGUCGGCACUGCAUCCAACCGUUCGACACCCCGCUGUUCCCGGCGUCAUCCCUCGUCGUGCUCAAGGGCAACCUGUGUCCCGCUGGAGGCGCUGUGAUGAAGGCCAGCGCGAGCAAGGACCGCAGACUGCUCAGGCACACGGGGCCGGCCGUCGUGUUCACCAGCUCGGCCGACCUCGCCGCGCGCAUCGACGACCCGGACCUGCCCGUCACGCCGGACAGCGUGCUCGUCCUGCAGGGGAUCGGGCCCAGGGGAAACCCGGGGAUGCCCGAGUCCGGACUGCUGCCCAUCCCUCGCAAGCUGUCGAGGUCCGUGGCGGAAGGAGGGAUGGGGGUGGCCGACAUGCUGAGGAUAUCGGACGGGAGGAUGAGCGGCACGGCGGGCGGGAGCGUGGUGCUGCAUGUCAGUCCCGAGGCGGCGGACCUGGACAGCGUGCUGGGCGUGGUGAGAGACGGGGAUCUGAUCACCUGUGACGUCGAGGCGCGGGUGUUGCGGUUGGAGGUGGAUGAUGUGGAGAUCAGGAGGAGGCAAGAGGCGCGGAGGGCGGCACUGGAGGCCUUGCCACUGGAUCAGCGACCGGAGUGGUAUGCGCCGCAGAGGGUUAGAGGGUAUCGCGGGUUGUUCUUGAGAGAGGUCCUGCAGGCCGAGGAGGGUUGCGACUUUGCAUUCCUGAGGGCAGGAGGGCCGGCUGGUGGUGGUGGAGGCUAG